AUGACAGGUGCCGAUCGGCACUGCGUCUUGGACACGGGGAGGCAGGCCUUCCUCGCGAGGCACGGGCUCGUCCGCGCGGCAGCGGACGCCACGAUCGGCGACUUCGAGAAUGGGGGGCGGCUGCUCCGGGUCCCGCCAGCGGGCGCAGAGCUCGCCUGCGCCACGAGCACCCCGCGCGGCACCUCGCGGCGGGACUUCAGCGGCGCCGGCGGGCUGCAUUUCUGCAUCUUUCAGGGCGGCGAGCAGGGCGUCGAGGGCUGGGCCCUAGACCGCGGCAGCGUGCUGAGCCGCUGGGACGCGCUGCUGGACGGGCUGCUGCAGUGCGUCGUGAUGGACGGCGAGUGGCCCCGCGAAGUCCGCGCCUCUGCCUUCGUGGGGCGGGACAGCGUCCACCUCGGCGGCGAGGUGCAGGAGUGGGCGAUGCCCGUGGCCGGACCGCGCGACAGCGAGGCUGCCGGCCUCCAGCCCGACACUUUCCAGUCUUGGGAGGACGCGCUCUGGUGGUCGCGGGGCGCGGCGGACCUCCCUGGCCUCCGGUGGCGCCUGGCCACGGCGGCGCAGGGGUCGCCGCAGGUGCUCCGAGAGCAGCAGCUCGCGAGCCUGAGGGAGGAGCUUGCGCGCCUCCCAGAGGCCGCGGCGGUGCUCGCCUUCACGCCCGCGCGGCCAGACGUGUCCUACGACCGGCUCGUGGAGCUGGGCGAAGGACGCACCGUAAGCCUUACCGAGGACGCAGCCCUCGCUCUGGCAGGGUGUACGUCUUGA